UGCAAUUUCACAGGAGCACCUCCCCCAUCUAAAGCUCAGUCUCACUUAGUAUAACAUCCAACUAGCUAGCAGUGGCAUGGCAAACAGCAAUACUUCAAAUAAUUCCAUUAUUGUUCGGCGAUCAGCAAAUUAUCAACCUUCCAUUUGGGACUAUGAUUACAUCCAGUCACUGAGAAACAAAUAUGUGGGAGAAACUUGCACUGGACAAAGUAAUGUGUUGAAGGAACAUGUGAGGAUGAUGCUUCACAAAGUGGUCGAUCCUUUAGAGCAACUUGAGCUGAUAGAUAUCUUGCAAAGACUUGGAUUAUCUCAUCACUUCGAGGGAGAGAUGAAGAGAAUAUUGGAAGGUCUAUACAACAAUGAUCAAAGUGGUGAUACGUGGAGAAAGGAGAAUUUAUAUGCCACAGCUCUUAAAUUUAGACUCCUAAGACAACAUGGAUAUAACAUCUCUCAAGGAGUUUUCAAUAUUUUCAAGGAUGAGAGAGGGAAAUUCAAGGCAUGCCUUUGUGAGGAAACCAAGGGUAUACUAUCCUUGUAUGAAGCAUCAUUCCUUUUGACAGAAAGUGAGAAUGUGUUGGAGGAAUUGAGAAAUUUCACAACCAAGCACCUCCAAGAAUAUGUCAAGCAAAAUAAAGAUAAAACUCUUUCUGCUAUAGUGACUUAUGCCUUGGAGCUUCCCCUGCAUUGGAGAAUAAUAAAGUUUGAAACAAGGUGGCUUAUUGAUAUAUAUAGGAGUAGAGAAGAUAUGAACCCUAUCUUACUUAAGCUUGCAGAAAUGGAUUUCAACAUGGUGCAAGCAGUCCACCAAGAAGAUCUAAAACAAGUGUCAAGGUGGUGGAAGAACACUAGGCUUGGAGAAAAUUUGAUAUUUGCAAGGGAUAGGCUAAUGGAGCUUUUCUUUUGGUCAAUGGGCAUGAUAGAUCAACCUCAGUUUGGGUGUUGUAGGAUAAAUUUAACAAAGGUGGGUGCACUGUUAACGAUAGUAGAUGAUGUUUAUGACGUAUAUGGAACUUUGGAUGAACUCAAGCUCUUCACAGAUUCCAUUGAGAGAUGGGAGAUCAAUGCAAUGGAUCAGCUUCCAGAUUAUAUGAAGAUAUGUUUCCUCAUUCUCUACAACUUUGUUAAUGAAAUGGCUUUUGAUCCCCUUAAGGAACAAGGAUUCCACAUCAUUCGAUACCUUAAAAAAGCGUGGUCAGAUUUAUGUAAAUCUUUUUUGUUGGAGGCCAAGUGGUAUCACAACGGAUAUAUACCAAGCCUUGCAGAAUACCUUGAGAAUGCAUGGAUUUCAAUAUCAACACCAGUUAUACUAAUGCAUGCUUACUUUAUGGUCACCAAUCCAAUAACGAAGGAAGCCUUGGGUUGCUUGGAAGAGUACCCCAAAAUAUUCUAUUGGUCAUCAAUGAUUCUACGACUUACAAAUGAUCUCGGAACAUCUGCAAAUGAAUUAAAAAGAGGUGAUGUUCCAAAAUCAAUCCAAUGUUACAUGAAUGAAACUGGUGCUAGUGAAAACGACGCUCGUGAGUAUGUGAAGUCUUUGAUUAGUACAGCAUGGAAGAAGGUGAAUGAAGAGAGAGUUGAAAGUUCUCCAUUCUGUCAAACAUUUAUUGAAAUUGCAAUGAACCUUGCAAGGAUGGGUCAUUUCAUGUACCAAUAUGGAGAUGGGUUCAGUGUUGCAGACCGAAAAACUAAAGAUAGUAUAUUAUCGUUACUUAUUCAGCCCAUUCCACACUUUGGGAUGUCUUCUGGCAAUUCAAAUACUACACCAAACUUGAACAUCAAUUAAGUGAAGACUUCAAACCAUGAAUGAGUAUGGAUUUUGGUUUUGGGGGAGUUAUCUUAUUUAAUAAGUGGGUUAGGCUGCUGUACAACGGGUGGCCGAUUAAGGUUUUUUCUAUAGACCCCCAAAAUA